GUCUCGUCCGAGUCCCACUCUAGCAGUGCCGUAGUUCCUCCCGCGCCCCGCUGGGCCAAGAUGUCGGCGUCCGUAUGCCUGCAGCGUGUGGGGAGGCGGGUGCUGCUCUGGAACUGGGAGCUGCCUUCCAACUGGAGCGCCUUCCACACCUCCGUAGUCUGCGCCAAGAACCGCGCUGCGCGAGUCCGCGUGGGCAAAGGGGACAAGCCGGUGAGCUACGAGGAGGCGCACGCCCCGCACCAUAUCGCCCACCGCAAGGGCUGGCUGUCCCUGCACACAGGUAAUCUAGAUGGGGAGGACCACGCUGCAGAGCGAACAGUGGAGGAUGUUUUCCUUCGCAAGUUCAUGCUAGGUACCUUCCCAGGGUGCCUGGCCGACCAGAUAGUCCUGAAGCGCCGUGUCAAUCAAGUGGAGAUCUGUGCUCUGGUCCUCAGGCAGCUGCCAGCACACAAGUUCUACUUCCUCAUAGGCUACAGCGAGACUCUGCUGUCUCACUUUUACAAGUGUCCUGUGCGACUCCACCUCCAAACUGUGCCCUCAAAAGUGGUAUAUAAGUAUAUCUAGAAAGAUGCUCUUUUCUUGUACAAGGCUGUAGCCUACAAAGGCUGUGUGGGAAAGGGGUGAAGUAGAACAGGAGGAAAUACAUGCCCUUAAGAGGGAGCUGCUGUUGAAUAAAGAGUCUCAUGUGUUUGUCUCUCUGACUUUACCCUUUUGAUGAGGGUACCUUGGUGCUUCUGGGCUGGUAGGGAGGUUGCAAAGUUGUCUGAAGUUAGAUUAUGGCUACAUAAGGAUCUCAGACAGUCACCCUACCAUGUAUGUACAUAAAGCUCUUUGUUUUCUCUCAAAAUGAAAAGAUUCAUUUUUGGUGGUAAUAAAGUAAUUAAUGUUGAUUAAAAA